AUGUCUAACCCAGACGACUACACAGUGGGAUGGAUCUGCGCAUUAAGCACAGAAUACGUUGCCGCACAAGAAUUCCUCGAUGACGAGCAUGAACCACCGGAGUUUGUCUCGCCUAAUGACACCAACGACUACACAUUGGGCAGGCUUGGAAAACAUAACGUCGUCAUAGCCGUGUUACCUGACGGUGAAUAUGGAACAGCUUCAGCUGCUAGUGUAGCCACAAAUAUGCUUCACAGUUUCCCAAAUGUCAGGAUCAGCUUGAUGGUGGGUAUUGGUGGUGGGGCACCAAGUAGAAAGCAUGAUAUCCGUCUUGGCGAUAUUGUGGUUAGCGCGCCUUGUGACGGUGAGGGCGGUGUUUUUCAGUACGACUUUGGCAAAACAAUACAGGAGCUGGCCUUCCGACAUACACGAUUCCUGAAUCAACCUCCCACGAUACUACGCACCGCAGUCACGGGGAUCCAGGCCCAGCACAAGAGGAAAGGGCAUCAGCUCGAAGAGGCUAUUAGACUUGUUCUCGAGAAGAAUCCAAGGUUACGUCAAGAAUAUGCACGGCCGCAGCCAAGUACUGACAGGCUUUUUCAUCCUCAUGUCAUCCACGAUUCAAGAGGUUGUGUAGCGUUCUGUGCGAAAGACCCAUCGCAUUUGGUAGAACGACAAAGGCGAGCGACAUAUGAGGAUGACCCAGCCAUUCACUAUGGCCUGAUUGCAUCUGGAAAUCAGUUGAUAAAAGAUGCUGUGAUCCGUGACCGACUUGCAGCAGAGAAGGAUGUUCUAUGUUUUGAGAUGGAAGUAGCAGGCUUGAUGAAUCAUUUUCCAUGUCUGGUCAUACGGGGCAUCUGUGACUACUCUGAUUCUCACAAGAACAAAGAGUGGCAAGGGUAUGCUGCAAUGGCUGCGGCUGCUUAUGCAAAGGAGCUCCUCUCUCGCAUUCCACCAAAUAAGGUUGAGGCAGAGAAGAAGAUUAUUGAUUUACUUUUUUCUGAGGAAGUACAUGAAACUGCUCAAAAGACAAAUGCUGCAAUAGAAAUCCUAGAUAGUGACCGACGGCGCGAAAAAGUCAUUGCAAAGCUACCAUAUGCAAAAGGCUCCACAUUUGACUCACUUAAUGGGACUCUUGAUCCGAGAUGCCAUCCAGAAACAAGAAUAGAUCUGCGUCGCCAAAUCAGAGAAUGGGCAGCAGACAGCCAAGGAAAGCUGAUGUUCUGGCUACAGGGGAUGGCUGGUACGGGAAAAUCAACAAUUUCUCGAAUGGUAGCCGAUGCCUUUGACAGGGAAGGAAAACUAGGGGCUAGCUUCUUCUUUAAGCGAGGCGAGGCGGAUCGUAGUGGUGUGGCUAUGUUUUUCACCACAAUUUGUGCCCAACUCUUGGUCAAAAUUCCGUCACUGAUCGCUCACGUUGAAAUGGCAACUGAUACCGAUCCCAACAUAUGUGAUAAGUCCAUGGGAGAGCAAUUUGAGAAGCUCAUCUGUCAGCCUCUGUCACAGAUUCGGCAUCACCUCCCCGAAGCUUCCAAGCUCAUUAUGGUAAUUGAUGCCUUAGAUGAAUGUGCACAGGAUGGAGACACUCUCCUUCGCCUUCUAUCGCAAACGAGGAAUAAAUGGUCACCGAGCUUACAGGUAUUGAUCACGAGCAGACCGGAGCAGCAAAUUCGAUCUGGAUUUAAGGAUGUCCCGGUAGAUGUACUCGAUUAUACGGAGCUCCAUGGGAUACCGCAGCCUAUUAUCAAGCAAGACAUGACCACUUUCCUGGAAUACAGGUUUGCGCAAAUCCGGGAGAAAUAUGCGAAAGAUGGCCGGUCACUUCCGUUUGAUUGGCCUGGCGUAGAGGCGAUGUCAGCCAUGGUUGAAAUGGCUGUUCCGCUUUUUAUUUUUGCUGCUACCCUUUGCCGAUUUGUUGAAGAUGAAGUGUAUUCAAACCCCAUAGACCAGCUGAAAAAGGUUCUCAAUUAUCGAAAUAUGAAAAGUGACUCUGAAAUGGAUAAGCUGGAUGCCACUUACUCUCCAAUCCUGAAGCAGCUGAUCAAUGGACGUCCAGAAAAGGCGCAGAAAUCACUGGUGGAGAGAUUCCGAAUCAUAGUAGGCACAAUUGUUCACCUAGCUGAGCCGCUUUCGCGGUCAUCUCUGGCCUCUUUGCUUCAUAUAGACAUCCAAGAGAUCGAGGGCCAGGUCUCGUCUCUUCACUCUGUCCUGAAUGUGCCGUAUUCUGCCGACUCUCCUAUAAGGAUGCUGCAUACCUCAUUCCGUGAUUUUCUUGUUCACCCCGAAACACGCAAGACAAAUCCAUUCUGGAUGGAUGAAAGAAAGACACACAGUGAAAUUCUUGCGAAAUGUCUUCAUCUUAUGACUCAAUCAGGGUGCCUUAAAAGCAACAUUUGCAAUUUAGAGAACCACGGAGUGCUACGGACUGAGAUCGACAGCAACAGUAUAGCCAACUGCUUAGCCCCUGAUGUGCAAUAUGCUUGCCGUUUUUGGGUAUAUCAUCUGAACGAAAGUAAGACGUGCAUCAGUGACAAUGACCCAGUUCAUAUAUUUUUACAAGACCACUUUUUACAUUGGCUGGAGUCUUUAAGCCUCUUGGGAAGAAUCACAGAAAGCAUUCACCUGAUUUAUAUACUACGAAUCCUUGCCAUCGAUAAGGAUAUGGAAAUAUCCAGAUUUCUUGAUGAUGCAAUGCGGUUUAUUCGAAAAUACAGCUCGAUCAUUGACCGUGCCCCUCUUCAGCUUUAUGCAUCUACUCUUAUUUUUAGCCCUAUGACAAGUAUAAUUAGGAAUUUCUAUAUCAAUGAAAUUCCUUCUUGGAUUCAGAAGCUGCCACAAGUCGAAUCAGCUUGGAGUGCAGUGUUGCAGACCCUCGAAGGUCACACUGGUCCGGUUGUCGCAGUGGCAUUCUCUCCGGAUGGCAACCUGGUGGCCUCUGGCUCCCAUGAUGGGACAAUCAAGUUGUGGAAUCCAGUUACUAGCAGCUUGCUGAGGACCCUUAUAGGUCAUACUGGCUGGAUUAAUGCAGUGGUAUUCUCUCUAAACAGCAAACUGAUAGCCUCUGGCUCCCGUGAUAAAACAGUUAAGUUGUGGGACCCAGCUACUGGCAGCCUGCAGCAGACUCUCAAAGGCCAUAGUAGUUGGAUUAAUGCAGUGGCAUUCUCUUCAGAUAGCAAACUGGUGGUCUCCAGCUCCAGCGAUAAAACAGUCAAGUUGUGGGAUCCAGCUACUGGCCACCUGCAGCGAACCCUUGAUAACCAUAAUAAUUGGGGUAUUGCAGUGGCAUUCUCUCCGGAUAGCAAGCUGUUGGCUUCUGGCUCCAAUGAUCAAACAGUCAAGUUGUGGGACCCAGCUACUGGCAGCCUGCAGCAGACGCUUGAUGGUCACACUGGUUGGGUUGUGACAGUGGCAUUCUCUCCAUGUGGCAAACUGGUGGCCUCUGGCUCCCAUGACGGUACAGUCAGGUUGUGGAAUCCAGCUACUGGCAGCCUGCAGCAGACCCUCAAAGGCCAUACUGGUUGGGUUAAUGCGGUUACAUUCUCUCCAGACGGGAAACUAGUAGCCUCUGGCUCCCACGAUUUGACAGUCAAGUUGUGGGAUUCAGCUACUGGCAGCCUGCUGCAGACCCUUGAUGGCCACACUGGUUGGGUUGCCGCAGUAGUAUUCUCUCCUAACAGCAAAAUAAUAGCCUCUAGCUCCCAUGAUUGGACAAUUAAGCUGUGGGAUCUAGCUACUAGCAGCUUACAACAAACCUCUAGCAGCCACUCUAGUUCAGUUGUUGCAAUGGCAUUAUCUCCAGAUGGUCAGCUGCUGGCGUCUGGCUCCCACGAUAAGACAAUCAAGUUGUGGGAUCUAGCUACUGGCAGCCUGCAGCAGACCCUCAAAGGCCAUACUGGUUGGGUUAAUGCGGUUACAUUCUCUCCAGACGGGAAACUAGUAGCCUCUGGCUCCCACGAUUUGACAGUCAAGUUGUGGGAUUCAGCUACUGGCAGCCUGCUGCAGACCCUUGAUGGUCACACUGGUUGGGUUGCCGCAGUAUUAUUCUCCCCUAACGGCAGAUUGACUUUUUCUCCGGGCGGCAAACUGAUGGCUUCCGGCUCCCCCGAUGAGACAGUCGAGCUGUGGGAUGCAACUACCGGCAGCCUGCAGCAGACCAUCAAAACUGGCUCGACUGACACUGUGGAGUUCUCUCCGGGCGACAACUCCCUUGAGACUGAUCAAAGACGGUUCAAUAUUGAAUCUCUUCGUGUUCUUAGUACCUCUCCAACGGCAGGUGGUCUCUGCAACAAUAUACUAGUAAAAAAUGAGUGGGCGGCUCGAGAUGAUACUAAUGUCAUUUGGUUGCCUGUUGAAUAUCGAGCAACAUGUUCCACCGUCUAUGAGAGCACGCUCGUGUUGGGACAUGCUUCAGGUCGAGUUACUUUUCUGAAAUUGAUCUAAAGC